CAACUGCAUUCCGUCCAUACCCGCUGCUUAUCGCUAUAAACUUUGCCUCACAAUUACUUUGGCAAUUUUCCAACCGCUUACAUCCCAAUGUCAUUCGAUAUAUUUGAGUUGCCUCAGUUCACGAAAAUCAUGUCCUUGAUAUGAUCCUCGCAUUGGGUGCUUUUUCGAGCUUCAAUUCUUCCAUUUCUUCAACAAAUUCCACUUCGAAUUGCUUGUAAAUAAGUUACAUUCCUGGAUCUACAUUCCUCACGUCGUGAUUUAAGACAUACACACACCCCCAAGGAGCAUUUACUUAUCAUCCAUCCUCCGCAAUGGCUCAACUCCGUCAACGCAACCCCAGGCCUGCUCCACCAACCCGCCCCCUCUCGGAAUUCUUACCACGAACAAAAGAGCCCUCGAUGCUCUUUUCCUUAUUACCAUCAGCCGUACAAUCCCGACUACCCCGCCUACCUUCCCUCCGCCGCUCCGUCAGUAUGUACGGCAUUUCCAGAAAGCGCAAAGUUUCCGUGUCAAGGCCCUCAUCUGGAUCUUCCACGUCGUCUGCAUCGUCCGGAAUGCGGACCCCAGAACAAGGAUACACAUCUGCCAUGGUGCUCAGCGAUGCGAGGAACAUGAUGGCAGAUGAUGGGGUGGUUGAUUAUUUGGUCGAAAGUGCGUCGAGUGAUGAGGAUACCUCAAUGCCGAGGGCAGGCAGGAAUCAGAGACUAGAAUUGACGGAGAAUAAGAGCGGGAUUGGAUGGAAAUUCGCAAACCAAGGACUCAGUCUUCUCAGUCUAGCGGUCGACGAGUCUUCCUCGCUAUCCCAAGAUCCAAACUUCGGAAAUGCAAGCUUCGCAAGGCAACUUUACCUACACGCUCUUACCUAUCUCAUUCGAGCUCUGCCCACCGAUCUCACGACUGAAGAACAACUCAGUAUUCGAAGUUCCCUCCCACAAGGCAUAGUCGAACCUCUUCAUCUCGAAGUAAAUGGCUAUGCCCAGCCUAAUACCGCGUCCGACAGCCAACGCUCCCUCCUCCACCGCACCCUCGCAUCAACCAUCGUCCAGUUCUUCAUAUUGGCACAAUUCGUCUUGCCAUAUAUCAAGUACCUGCUACGUGCCGCAUACCAAUACGACCGCGAGCAUAAAAUAUCCGAGAAGGUUUUUAGUCAAAGCAUCGAAACUGUCGAUACGCUGGGCAAGGCAGGAUUAAGCUGGACGGGAGCCAUAUAUGGUAUGGGAAAUGGCAAGGUGGGACAGGUCAUGACGGACACCGCCGCGUGGUUUGUUGAGGGUGUUACGGGUGGGAUUCAUGAGGGUGUUGGUGAGGGAAUGGUGAUUAUGGGUGCUCCUAGAAGAGGUCCUGGUCCAGAAAGGAGACGAUGCUGAGAUUAACGACUGAUUACCUAGAAGAGAAUUUGGAUUUAUGAUACCCACACCAACUUAUGAUGCCGGAGUUACUGCUUUGACUGGGUCCUGGGAUAUAUUGGUAUAUUAGAGAGAAAUAGAAGUUGUAGGACGCUUGCACUUAUGCAAUUGAAUUCAUAGCCCAAUUAUUUUACCCC